CAGGUAUUGUCGCUUCUCUGAUAUGGAACUAGUCUAUCGCUGUAUCUUGAUUUUGGUAUAUGUCUGCUUGUCACAGGGAAUUACAUGUUUUUGCACUGUUUAAAAAUGGUAGACCCUUACUACAGUCAAUAUCGUUUUAAUGGAAUUAAUGAAAUUUUAAAUUACGAAGAAUUUUUGCUCUUUUGUCUGUUAUGGACCAUAAUUUGAUUACAACCCCCAGCAGUGCUGAUGGCCCUGGAGAUGAUAGAUGACAGGACACAGCACAUACUGGAGGAUCAGCUGUUACUGUUGCUUCAUCCAGUCCUGCUUAUGUUGUGAAAAGACAUUUAGGAGAUGCCUAGAGCUCAACCAUGGAAUUUAUUUAGAGGGAGAUUUCAGAAGAACACUAAGCAUAAAUCUACCCAUAUUUGCAAGUUGGUUUUUUUUUUUGCUAUUAAAUCUGAUGGUGCACAUUUUUGUAGUACAUUUUACCAAAAGUGAUCCUAAACAUUCGCAAGUUGUCUUUCAUCCAGGAGGUGGGUAGUGCAGUGAGAGUGAGAGGCAGGGAUAAGGCUUUUGAAUCUUAAUGAAGCUAGCUCAGCCAGAGGGGAUGUGUCAGGUGGGAGGCAGAGCUGUCUUUAAAGAACCACAUGGAUUUCUUUCGGUGUGGUCUAAGUGUCCAUUUGAGACCCUCUACAGGUUUUCCAUACUGUUUCGGUCUUUACUUGUUUGGUUUUAUAUAUUAUAAAGUAUAUGGUUGUAAACCACUUCAUAUUGAACACAGUAUUCAUUCUGGUUGAACAUCCAUGCCUUAUUAUAUGUCUUUAUCAUCAUUGCAAGAUAAAUAUCAGGGCUUUAUGACUUAAUAAUAAGUUUUAUCUUUAAAGAUCAUUUUCUAGCAGAUUGAAAUGGGUUGUUACCUCAUCUAGGAGUUAUGAGUGUGAUUGUUGGGAACACCUGAGAGUUGAGUUAGCUGAAUGCUGUUUUAAUUGGCAGGAGAUUACCAGUUUCUAUGGGAAAAUGAAUUAGUUAAGACCCGUCACAAAGGCCUUUUGAAAAUUCUCGUCUGUAUUCUGAAGAUUAUUGAUUUUGAAAUUAAUUACUACAAGUUGGAAGAAGAGGGUACUUUCUAAAUACCCCAAUUUUGCAGUGUCUGUACAAUAAUUGGUUUACACUGUAUUUAGGAGACACGUACAAAACAGUUGUGUUUUUGCAAAAGGGUUUUAGCUGUAGCUUUUUGUAGGCCCACUCUGAGACAAUCUGAUAAGGUCUGAUGUUCAGGAAGCCCCCUGCUGAAAACCAGGCUGGUUUAAGAGAGCUGUGGUUCGGCAUUUCGAUUCAUUAGCUGUUUUGGAAGUCUCUGGUCUCACUAGUUAGUAUUACCUGUCAGAAUGUGUAAGGGCAGAAGGAGUUUGUGGCCACCUGAUGAGACCCUGGCGCAGGUUGCCUGGAGAAACUGUGGGUGCCCCAUCUCUGGAAGUGUUCAAGGCCAGGUUGGAUGAGGCUUUGAGCAGCCUGGUCCAGUGGAAGGUGUCCCUGCCCAUUGGAGGGACGUUGGAGCUAAAUGAUCUUUAAGGUCCCUUCCAACCCAAAACAUUCCAUGAUUCUAUAAAACAGCAAAAAAAGCUGCCUUUAAUUUUUUGUGUAUCAUUGGAAAGGGCACUGGUAAAUGAGAAGAUAGGCUCAGGAGGGCAGGCAAGGGGUUAACUCUAGAGUAUCUCUAUGUAAGUAGUUGGCAAUAAAGUAUCUAAAUAUCUCUAUAAGUAUUCAUGUGUGCAACCACUAUGUUCCUUAGGAAUAUAAUUAUCUUUCCAAUAAAUUCUUGGAUUGUGGAAAUCUUGUUUUAUGGACUAAAACUAUAAAGUACACAGGAGGACGUGUUGGACGUUGCUACCAAACUCACAUAUUACAUGAUAAGUUCCUAAACCCAGAGACCAGACUUUCCCUCACUAAGAAAUUCCCUCACCUCUCCAUCAUCAUCCCACACAUUCUCUUCUGCCCAUCAGUGAGCUAUGUGGUCAAAAACAAGAAUCCUCUUCCCUUUUCUCUCUCAAGAAGGAAUUAAAAGAGGGAAUUUUGAGCUUCUGGUAGGUGACUUGCUUCCUGCUGUUUUUACUCCUCUGUGCCUGGACGUUUUCCAAGGCAGUCAUUCCUGACUUUCAUCUACACCCUGGGGAUUCCACAGGUGUGAUGGAGAAGUGAACCUUUGUGGAGAUUUGGCUGGUUUGCAGUCUCUUGCCACAGGGGAAUGGAAGUAAUAACAAGGGAGUUCCCACAGAUAGGUGGAUGUUGUGGGGUUGUGCCAGGAAGUUUUGGUUUCCUAAUAAAAUUGAAAGACCGAUUUCUGCUUCUCUUAAAAUCCUUGGGAACUUUAUAGUCAGCCUGAGCACUGUCUGAAUUUUGGUGAAGAGUCAAAUGCUCACCUGAGACUGGAGCAUGGGGUUGGGGAAGGUGUUUCAACUUCAUCUAAUUCUAAUUUAUUCCGUGUGAGAUAUUCACCUGUGUGUGCCUGCACGCUGCUGCAAGGGACGGGUGGGUGUAUAACAAAGAAAAAGCCCAGCAUUUUGACAUCAAUAAAUGUCACUUUACAAUGGCUACGAUGUUGUUAGUGCAAAAAGCAAAAUAUAUCCCUAUUGAAAUUGCUUAAAACGGGUGUAUUUUCAGAAGGAGUUCAGUUUACUACUGUAUUUACAAUAAUAAAUUUGCUCACAGAUUGGAAUAAGCAAUAGAUGUUAAAUCCACUCCUAAUAAGUGUGUGCCAUGUCAUUCAUUGUGGGUUUGUCAGAUGACCUUCAGAGUAGAUUUGUACCGUACUCAAACAUCUACAAUUAAAGCUCAUUGACAUCAGAUUCAUAGGACAGUGUUGACAUUACUUUUAGAAGAGUGACCUUAUUUUCCUUUAUAACUUGUAUUUAAUGGGAGAAAACCAACAAAAACUAAAAUGUUAGAAAACUCAAAACUUGUCAUAUUUCUGUAGUGUUUCAGUUUUUCUGAAAUUAUCUGCAUUAAAUGAGGAAUUCAUUGUUAUAAAUUUUACAGAAUUUGUACUGAAUUUGAAUUUUCAAAGUCUGAAUGGCUCCUAGUUUAAAUUAUUAAAAGACUUGAAAGAAAGCUUUGGAGAAAUGUUUUUUGAGGUUUUUUGUUGUGCUUUUUUAGGAAAGAUGAAAAUGUUCAUUCCAGAAAAUAGUUUGUAGUGUAAAACUUGUUGAAGCUCAUCCUUUCCACAAAUACCUUAUAUUUUGGUAGUGAGUUUUUUUGUCAGAAUUUUUUAUUUUGUCAGAUUCCCUCUGGCAGCAUCAUUUUGUCAUCUCCAUGUUAGGGAACGGUCAGCCACCAUAUACUAUAGACAAACUGUGUGUCCUUUAGUAAUAUUAGAACAGGAGAAGUGGCCAGUACAUCAUUAAAGAAAAUUGAACUUAGGAUUUCAAAAUGCUGGAAUAUCUUAGAAAUGAGUCCCCGUAUCGACUCUGGAUUUAGGAAGUCUCCAUGUGCCUUAACAGUGUGUUUCCCAACCAUGAUGUGUAUUUUGCUCUGAUUUUAUGGAUAUGCAUUACUUGUUUUGGGGAUAAAUGUGAGGAUAAUGUGCCAUAAAAUGCAUUUUAGUCUCCAGUUGACAUUUCUUGUCAACCUGUUUUCUUAAAACCUAGUUUUUAUAGGAGAAAUUUCAGAUGAGAGCAUAUGGAUUGAUAUAUUUGAUAUACUUCUUGUUACGCAGGAUUUGCAGUAUAAUGCUUACAGCCCCUUUGAUAUUACAGCACAGAGUUUCUUAUUGCCUGUACAAAGUAUUCCCAAAAUGUGUUUGCUAACGUGGUUUAGUGCAGCCUUCGGGUUUUCCUUGGCAUUAUGCCUUGAGGAAGGUUUACUGUUGCAUUGUUUGUUUUCAAAUUUUACUUCUUAAAUUUUGGUUAGAUGUGAUAUAAAGCAAAAAAUUUGUAAAUUAACGUGGCCAACCAUCUCAAAUCUGAGCUAGAAAUGAAAUAUUACAAGUAAAAUUUUGGUUUGCUCUAAGUCUUGUUGAUCUGUAUGAGACAGAAGGUAUCAUUUCCUGCUGUGUAUCUUCAGCAAUCAGCAGUGUAACAGCAGACUGAUUGGUUAUUUACUUUUUAUUUUCUCUCCCAUAGAUCUUAUGUCAACAGCACUCAAGCAGAGUGUAGCAUGGUUAUUUUUACGGUGUCUUUAUUGGUUGCAUAGAUUAAAACAUGAGCGGUUUUAUGGAGGUUGCCUUUUUGCAUCCUGACAAUUUCAUAUUUGUCCUUGUCUCUAUUAAAACAUUUAAUUUCCCUCAGACAACUUAACCUUUUUCUUCCACUUCAAAUAAUGACAAGGACAAAUAUUUGUCAACAUCCUUGCAAUGUGAUGCGUUCAUGGCUCCAUCAGUAUCUUGGGAGUCCGGAAGAAUGUUUCUGACCCUUCCUGUAGCCGAGGUGGUGGCCAGAUGUGGGAAUGCUCAUCUCUGCUUCCAUCUCUGCAGCAGUUCUGGUGGUGAUGUGCAGCUGCCCAGGCAUGACCACCAGCCCUGAGGGCCACCUGGGGAGCUUGCCUUACUGAUGCGCUCUCCCAAAGCCCCGGGUCGCUGUGGGAGCAUGGCAAGGAGCAGGCUGCAGGUUGGGUACGUUUCACAUCUUCCUUUCUCCUAAGGUGUUGUUCCAGACCUCUGAGCUGUCAUCAGGUAUAACAUAGCAACGAAGCAAGCAAAUUCUACAGUACCUCCAAGCCCAGUAUAGUUGCAGAAUUCCACCAUUUUGCUUUAGAUAAAAUGAUCAAAAAUAGUGUUUGGGGAAAGAAUGAACCUCACCCGAACAGACACAGCGACUUUGUGAGGAUGUGUAGGGUCUUGAGCAGAGAUACAGGUUUUGGAAAUCUGCAAUGCUUGUGAAGCAGAAACAGUAUUUUUUAAGAGUAUGGAUAAGUUAAACUUCUUAAAAGAAAGGGACUAAGUCUUUUUUUCCCCUUUUAUAUGUGCUUGGCACGCUGCUCAAUAAAUACGGUCCUAAUAUUGCACUAGCAGACUGUGAUAUGAAUGCCAGUGAUUUCCCCAUGUCUCCUUCAGACCUGUGUGAUUAAAAAUCCACGUGUGUGAUUAAAAUCUUACAUCAGCAUUGGAAUGAUUUGGAUUCCUUCAUGCUUUCAGCUAUUCAGGUUGUCAGUAAAAAAGGCCUAUUUCUACCAACAUGUGAUCAGAGAUUUCUGUCGCACUCUGCCUGGCACAGACCUAGUGAUGAUGGAUGUGACUGGUACCUACACAGAAUGUUCCUGCUGUGUCUUUUCCUGAAUGUGUGCCCAAAGGGAAACUUUCCAUGGUUUUUGAAUGGCCUUUAGCUGAAGACUUGUUCAGGAGGCAGAAGGUAUUUUAAGGAAACUGUGGUAGGUACGACUCCUGGUAAUAAGGCUCUUCUGGUCUAUGCAGUGCUGCCUGACAGGUCUGUAUUUGAUUUCACUGAUGGCCUUUCAAAUGCAGAGUUAGAUAUUUCUACAUGUUAUUGCAGCUGAACAAUUGCAUGUACCUCCCCACAGAAGGACCCAUUGCCUUUUCCUGGGCAAAUACUCCUUUAUUUGUUCAUGUCCUACUCUUUCUCUUUCAAAGUGAGUUGAAGUGUUUAAUUUAGGAAGAACACAGUCAAGUAUUUUGUGCUGUGAGAUGGCAGAAGGGGUGUUUGUUCCUGGUGGUGGGGCUUGCUGGCGUAGGUGUCUUCUGUGGCUUUGGAAGGAAUGUUCAGCAGAUACUUGAUGACCUUCUGUAGGAGGAAAAUAGGUGCACAGGUGAAAAUGGAGGAGGUUCUUGUGAAUGUCGAGGUCUCUUGCAAGUCUGGAGCUCAGCCUACGUUGCAGUACAUAGGGAGAGAGUUGUGCUGCCAAGAAAUUAAUGUCUCUUUUACUGGGAUAGUGAGGGUCUCUGUGCACCACAUUCAGAGCGCUUCUAUGGCUUUGCUUACCGACCUAGGUUUGAAAAAAGCAAAAAUGUUCCAGCUGGAAAGGAACUGAUUUUUCUUAAAAAAAAAAAAAAAAAAGCCCUGGAGUGCCUUGGGUGUGUUGGGUAAUUGUGUACUCAAGAAACCACUUACAUAAGUGAAGACACUCCUGUAACCCUCGCCUGCCAGGAAGGCAGGCGCUGCAGAAAAUCCACUCAUCGCAGAGGAACCUCCAGUAGGUGCAAAAGGGGAGGAGAACUUUGUUCUUUGUGCUGUGUUUAUUCACAAAGAGAAGUUGUCUUUGGCAUGUGUGCUUGGCACCAGAGGAUUCCCGUUUUUUAUCCUGCGGAGCUGCUUUUUCUUGUCGGUGUUGCGGACAAAAUUGAAGAAGCACAAAAACAGCUUAAUGGAACAGAAGACCAACAGCGAGAAAUCACCGAUGCUGGUGCUAGAGGAACCCAAGAUACAAUUAAGGGUGUGAAAAGAAAAAAGAUUGUGUCUGAAAACCAUCUUAAAAAAAUACCAAAAUCGCCUUUGAGAAGCCCUGCUGAAGCCAAGGUUAAGCAAAAUAUAGACCCUUCACCACUAAAAGCUCUUCCGGAUGCCUCUGAACAUGCUACGGCACAGGAUCACCUGCCCAUGCAAAAUGGAAAUCAAUGUACCAAACAAAAUGGGGGAGCACUUAGCAGUGAGAUAAGUGUUGAAACAACCAAAUGUGAGACAUCAAUGCAGACGAAGCUUUCACUGACCCAUCAGUCCUUAGAUUUGUGUAAACAGGCAGCAGGGGAUACUGAUGCAAACCAACUGAACUCAGCAGAGAGGAAGCCUUCCUCAAACUCCUCAUCAAGUAAUACAAAGACUGACAGUAAUGAAUGUAUUAAUUUUGUUGAUUGCAGUACGUCGUCCCCAUGUGCGCGUACUGCAUUCGAUGUCUUACUAAAAGCUAUGGAGCCUGAACUGAACACCUUAGCACAAGAGUGCCCCCCUUAUGGGAUGCAGAUAGAGAAACUGAGACCAAAUAAAACUGUAAGCACCUCUUCUAGUCUCACGUCCAAUACAAUAAGUGUCCAAAAUCAGUCUGCUUUCUCACAGCAGGAGUUUGCAGCUGGACCUCCCUAUUACCCAUGUACGGUGAACAAUGUGCAUGCAGCAACAGCAGCCAAGACUGGACAAGCACAAGGCCAAUCAGUUUCUCAUUCACAAGACCUUAUUACUAAAACCAGUCAGCAAAAUCACCAGGUUGUUAUGUGUCCAAGUUUAACUAGGUCGCUGGUGCAACAGCAGAGUCAAGAAAACCCCAAGCUCCAGCAGAUCUACAGCAUAGCAGUAACUUCAGCUGUCGUUCACACCUCAUCUUCCACUGUAACUCAGGUUUUUUCUCAAAACCCCUUAGUAGCUAGUUCAUCUUCACCAUUGUCAAUUAACACAUCGAGUUCACCACACUUGUCUAUAGGUCCCGUGUAUAAUUCAGCCCAGAUAGCAUCAGUUGUAAACAAUGGUGUAGAACAAAUAUGUAACCUCUUGAAAGACCAGAAGCCUAAAAAGCUAGGGAAAUACGUCUGUGAGUAUUGCAAUCGGGCCUGUGCCAAGCCCAGUGUUCUCCAAAAGCACAUCCGAUCCCAUACUGGAGAGCGACCAUAUCCUUGUGUGACGUGUGGGUUUUCAUUUAAAACCAAAAGCAAUCUCUACAAGCACAAAAAAUCUCAUGCACAUGCUAUCAAACUUGGACUUGUCCUGCAACCAGAUUCAGGUGGCCCCUUCCUAUCUCAUGACUCGGACAAAGCACUUAGCAUUCAUUCAGAUGUGGAAGAAAGCGGUGAAAGUGAAGAUGAAGGCACUGCAGAUGAAAGACAAGAUGAUCAAGAACUGGAACCUGCACAAUUAGUGAAAGUCAUUUCCAGUGCAGAAACACUGCAGAAAGGCAGUCCUAUUCCAUUAAACAACCCAGACUGUAUAUCAGGUGACUCUUCAUUACAUGAUGUAGAACCUCAAGUACGGGCAGCUUUACCAAAAGUAGUAGUUCAUUCUGUAAAUGUUUCUCCUUUGAGAGCCGAUAGCCCAAAAGUGACAGAGCCAGCACCUGAGCUUGCUGCAGCACAGAGAAAAGGAGAUUCUAAAGUCACAACUCUUCAGUCAAAUUUAACACAUACAGCCUCAUUCAAGGAGAAUGACAUAAAGCAGCAUCAGAAAGUAGAAGCAGGCCUGUUAGAGGAACAGCCAGGAUCUACAGGAGGACCAGUGCAUGCUCAACUCCAGAGACAACAGGCUACCGAUGGUUCUCAGGAUCAGCAAGGAAAAUGUCUUUUGAGCCCUAGAAGUUUAGGUAGUACUGAUUCUGGUUAUUUCUCUCGUUCCGAAAGUGCCGAUCAAACAAUGAGUCCUCCAGCUCCUUUUGUAAGGGGAUUGUUGACCUCUGAGAAAGAUCCAAGUAAAAAUCUGUCCUGUGUGCCACGAGCAAGUGGCAUGGGAGCAUCCGUGGUACAAACUGUUUGUGCCGAAAAAAAUCUGGUUCUCUCUGGCCAAAUGCGACCUCCCUUGGCAACAAAAACUCUUGAGGAGCGUAUCUCAAAAUUAAUUUCUGAUAAUGAAGCUGUUGUGGAUGACAAACAGUUAGAUAGUGUGAAACCAAGAAGAACAUCUCUUUCAAGAAGAGGAAGCAUAGAUUCACCAAAAUCUUACAUAUUUAAGGAUUCUUUCCAGUUUGAUUUAAAGCCCAUGGGAAGAAGAACUAGCUCAAGCUCUGAUAUACCAAAGUCUCCUUUCACACCCACUGAGAAAUCCAAGCAAGUUUUUCUUCUUUCUGUACCAUCCCUUGACUGUUUACCUAUAACACGAAGUAAUUCCAUGCCUACCACCAGUUACUCAGCAGUACCUCCUAAUGUCAUACCUCCCUCUCAUCCUCUUCGAGGAAGCCAGUCAUUUGAUGAUAAAAUUGGCUCUUUAUAUGAUGACGUUUUUGUGUCAGGACCUGCUACUCCACUGAACCAAGGUGGACAUCCUCGGACCCUGGUCAGACAGGCAGCAAUAGAAGAUUCUUCUACUGGUGAAAGCCAAGGUCUUGGACCCGUGCGAUCUGUAGAAGAAAAUUACCUGGGGUGUAAUUUAUCAAAUGAAUCCUUAUUGCAAAGGAGCAAAUCCCUGGCACAGGGAUCAAAUUCAGAAAAAACAAAGAAGUCCCCUCAGGUGCGAGGAACAAUGUUUGAAUGUGAAACCUGCAGGAACAGAUAUAGAAAACUGGAAAAUUUUGAAAACCACAAGAAAUUUUAUUGUUCAGAGUUGCAUGGACCUAAAACUAAGGCAGCAAUCCGAGAGCCUGAGCACAAAACUGCUCCAAACAGUACACAGCCUCAAAUUCUACACUACAGAGUCACAACUUCAACUGGUGUCUGGGAGCAGACACCCCAGAUAAGGAAAAGAAGGAAAAUGAAAAGUGUUGGUGAUGAUGAUGACCCACAGCAAAAUGAUACGAGUGUACCAUCGAAGACUACAGAAGGCCAAAGCAAGCCAGCAAAUUCUUCCAGUCUGUCAAAACACAGUGCCACAACUGUGGUAGGAUCACAACAACCAAGCAAACUUCUACUUCAGAAUUCCCAAAUUCAGCUUGUGGCUCGUGGCACAGAUCAGACUACUGAGCCAAAGAUGGCGUCCCUCAUUGAAAAGCAGGCAAGUUCAGCUGUGCAAGAAAAGGUGGAGUUGAAAAGACAAGGGACUGGCAUUUCAGUAAUACAGCACACAAAUUCACUGAGCAGAAAUAGCUCAUUUGAGAAAUCAGAGUCAUUUGAAAGAGUAUCACCAGUUUCUUCUCAAGAGCCCAACAAGGGUGCAAAGCACCGCUCUUUGAAUACAGUUGUAAUCCAAGAAGACAGACGCUGUCAUCUUAGCACUCCCCAUCGUCACCAACCCUUGUCAUCAGAACCACCUAGAGGGGAAGUUCAGGGAAGCCAGUUAGUUUCUAAUGAGAGAAGUGCGCCACUUCAGCCAUCAAGACUCGUUCGCCAGCAUAACAUCCAGGUUCCUGAAAUACUGGUCACAGAAGAACCAGACAGAGAGCAAGAAAACCAGUGCAGUGACCCAGAAAAGACAGAAAGGUUUAACUGGCCACAACGCAGUGAAACGCUGUCAAAAUUGCCAACAGAAAAGCUUCCACCAAAGAAGAAGAGAAUUCGGUUGGCCGAAAUGGAACAUUCAUCUGCUGAAUCCAGUGUUGACUCCACACUUUCCAGAAGCCUAAGUAGGGAGAGUAGCUUGUCUCAUGCCUCCAGUUUCUCAACUUCACUUGAUAAAGAUGAAACUUUAAAGGCUGAAAACCCUUCCAAAGCAGAGCCUGUUAGUAAGUCUUCAGAAUUCCUCAUGAUUCCUGCUGGCUCACAUGCACUGGCAGUGCCUGGACCUCAUUACCGGGAAAUGAGACGUGCCGCCUCAGAGCAAAUCAGCUGCACGCAGCCCUCAAUGGAGGUUGUGGACUACAGGAGUAAGUCUUUCGACUGCGGAAGCAUGUCUCCAUCAAAGCCUGUCCCGCUUGUAGAGGUAGCCACUCCGAAAGUGUCAUCUGCAAAUGGAGCUGCUGGACAUGUGCCUCUGCUAGAAAGGAGGAGAGGGCCAUUUGUAAGACAAAUAUCUUUAAAUAUUGCUCCUGAAAAUCAGCAGUCUCAAGUGAAAUCGACUUCAUCAUUGCAGACGGCUCAUGCCACAGAUGUGCCCACAGUGCCAUUGCACGGGCUGCAGACAUCUGGCAAACCCUUGGUGGAGUUUCCUUUAAGUACUCAGCAUUCGCAGACUAAUUCCAGACCUCAUUCAACAAUUCAAAGUUGUAAUCCUGUUAGCCUGUCUUCGCCUCAGCAGCCUCUAGAUCACAUGUUGAAUAAUCAAGGCCAGCCAUCCUUGACACAUCAGCCUUCUCAGCCAUCUACUAAAACAACCCAAGGGGAGCGAGCAAGCACGAAUUCACUUUCUUGUCAUCCUGAUGAAAAAAAGGACUGUUUUGCUCCAAAGUAUCAACUUCAAGUUAAAACAUUACAUAUAGGUCAGCCAUACUCUUCUAAAUUGCUAAAAAAUACUUUAUCAACUCAGACUGGUCCGAGUCAAGUUGGAGUGGACCAGAAUGCAUCUUCCUUUGAAGUGCAGACAAAACUCUCUGAUGUGUCUAAUCCGUACUCUGUGCCUCCUCUAAAGCAAAUUGUUCCUAAUAACUGCAGCAGUCAGAUACAUCAGAUUCCUCCUUUUGUGGUUCCUGUCCGUAUUCAGAGCAGUAUGCCAUCCUAUGGCUUCGCAACUGUUGCACCCCUGCCUCACAUUUUAGUGACCCAGGAUCAGGGAAAUCAGUCCAUCUGCAAAACAAAUGUUGUGAUGGUGCCAACACUUGAAGGUAAAACUCAGCUGCCAAAAUCUCACAAAGAUCAUCAGAGGACUUUGCCAAAUUCAUUUGAAUUUGAAAAUUCACCACUGGAAAGUGGAACCAGAAAUUCACCUUUGUCAAGCUCUUCAAAUAUCAUUCAGAAAGUGCCAGUUAGCGGACUCUUCCCUCAGCCAGAAGUUACAGCUUCAAGUAAACGAAUGCUUUCCCCAGCAAACAGUUUAGAUAUUGCCAUGGAAAAACAGCAAAAACGUGUUAAAGAUGAGAGUGGAGCUGCUUGUAUGACAGAUGCUAGACCGUUGCAUUCACUGAACGUUAGAUCUAAUGACCCUACUAGUAAGCAAAAGAAACCAGUUUUGGUAAGACAGGUUUGCACCACAGAGCCUCUUGAAAAUCACCUCUUGGAUCCUGAUGUUGUUACACAGCUUGAAAAAAGCAGCAAGGCCAGUACUUCAGACCUGCCUGACCAUCAGUCAUCUGACACUGGGGUUUCAGAAACCCUUAAGAAGUCACCAGAAUCCAAAGACCUUAAGUCUUCCACAUCACCAGUGUUUGUAGUUAGGAAACCUUCUGAAUUGUCUCCAGUGAAUAGCCAAAGUUCUCUUCUCAAGGCUGUAAGUAGCAGCCAAGAAAGAAGGUCCCCAGCUGAUGGUGAUGAGAGCACCCACAUCAGCAGCCCGGGCCAAACAAAGCCUGUAGCGACACUGGCUGUGAUGAAUGCUGGAGAAAUGCAGAGGUUGUCAUUUCCAAGCCUCAAGACCACCACGAAUUUUACCUGGUGUUACCUCAUGAAGAGAAAACCAUUGCACCUGCUGCAAAAUGAUCAGAAAAUCUCUGCCUAUUCUACAUGGACCAUUAGUUCCAACAACCCCAAUCCACUCGGUUUGUCGACAAAGGUAGCUCUCUCCCUCCUCAAUUCCAAACAAAAAAUUGAAAAGCCUCUGUACACUCUAGCAAGAACUACGCACCCCAGAUCUGAUGUAUUGGUCUAUUCAAGCAAGUGGAAGAACAGCUUGACCAAGAGAGCAUUAAAUAGGAAAAAACUGACUCCAACUGAAUUCAGCAAUAAGGAAAACUCUGAAUCAAGCACUGAACAUGAUAAAGAAAACUCAUUUAUCAAAACUGUACCAAGAAGAGUUAAAAUAUUUGAUGGAGGGUACAAGUCAAAUGAAGACUAUGUGUAUGUGAGAGGGAGAGGGAGAGGGAAGUAUAUCUGUGAGGAGUGUGGAAUACGUUGCAAGAAGCCCAGCAUGCUGAAGAAGCACAUUCGCACACACACCGAUGUCCGUCCUUACCACUGCAAUUACUGCAACUUUUCCUUCAAAACUAAAGGAAAUUUAACAAAGCAUAUGAAGUCAAAGGCACAUAGCAAGAAAUGCAUGGAUUUGGGAGUCUCAAUAGGCUUAAUAGAUGACCAGGAUGGAGAAGAAGAAUUUGGUGAGAAGCAAAGAUUUGGCUAUGACCGGUCAGGCUAUGAUGUGGAGGAGUCUGAUGGUGGCGAUGAAGAUGAAAAUGACAAUGAGGACGAUGAUGAAGACAGCCAGGCUGAGUCAGUGCUAUCCACAACGCCCUCGGUGACGGCCAGCCCCCAGCACCAGCCCUCUCGCCAUGGCCUGCAGGAUGCCACCAGCACCGACGAUGACAUCAGGCUUCCAGACUGCUUCACUGGGGCUCACACGGACUCCAUGGAUGGUCUCCCAAAAGCGCUGCUGACCAAGAUGACUGUCCUUAGCACAGUGCAGUCGGUCAGCAGGGCCUCCAGGUCACCAGCAGAGUCCAGCCAUCAGGAAGCACAUGAGGACAAAGCCCAGGAGAGAGGAGUGGGUCCCUGUGGUGCUGAUGCGGCACUGACGGACAUUGCUCCUGCAUCUCCAGGUCGCCAAAUGUCUGUGGAUUACCCUGAUCCACAUACAGCCUUGGGCCACUCCUUAAUAUCAACUGCAGCUCUUACAAAGAGCACGCCCUCCAUCAGCUCCCCAUCCUCACUGGCAGACCACAGCAUGCCGACGACAGCACCGUCACCCUACACUGAAACCACGGAGGAGAAGCCGGCUGCUGAGCCAAGAGCUCCCCAGACUCACCUCUUCAGCCACCUGCCCCUGCACUCGCAGCGGCAAGCCAAGGCUCCCUACGGCAUGGUGCCGGUCGGGGGCAUCCAGGUGGUCCCUGCCGGCCUGGCCACCUACUCCACCUUUGUUCCCAUCCAGGCAGGGCCAGUGCAGCUCACUAUCCCAGCUGUGAGCGUGAUUCACAGAACUACCAGCGCCCUUGGCGAGACAGGUGGCACAGCCCCCGGCACCACCACGAAUCCCGUGGGAGUCGCUGAGGUGAACAGCAUGGUGCCGUGCAUUCCCAUCGGCCAGGUGAGCGUGCCGGGCAUUCAGGGGCUCGGCACGCCCAACCUGCAGCCUCUGCCGCCACUGGGCAUGGAGACAGUGAACAUCCUGGGCCUGGCAAACACCAACAUCGCCCCGCAGAUGCGCCCUCCGGGAAUUACCCUCAACGCCGUGGGCCUCCAGGUGCUGACGGCUGGCACAGCCCCGCAGGGCACCCCCACCCCGCAGGGACCCCUUCCCGGCCUGCAGAUCCUGAACAUUGCCCUGCCGACCCUCAUCCCCUCCGUCAGCCCCGCCAGCGCCGAGGGUCACGGAGCCUCCGAGGCACCCACCGCAGGCUCCAAAGCCAGCGAGGUCCAGCUGGAGCCCGCUCCUGUCGGUUUCCCCACGGCCGAGGCCGGCCAGACCAGCCGGGAUGCUUCUCCUCAGGCGGUGGCUGGUGGCCAGCGGUACGGCGGGAAGAGCCAUUCCGAGCCCACCCCGCUGACCAACCCCGUUUGUCCCGGGAAAGCUGAUCCUGAAAAGACUGACCUCACGAACCCCAGCAAGCCAAAGUGUGACCUCCCUGCCCUCCAGAUGAAGAGGGCUGCCCCGGCAGAGCCCCGCUCCAAGGCGAAUCCCAACACGUUAACCAAGUCUCCAGUCCACCGAACUGUCACCCCGGACAGACAGGUACCCAGGCCAGCUGCCCCGCCCCAGCGGCAAAACAUGGUGCAGUUUAGCGAUGGCAGCAGUGACGAUGAGGAUAGACUUGUAAUAGCAACCUAGUUUUUGUUUUUCAUUGUGUUUUUAUUUUUAGAGUUUUUUGGGUUUUUUUUAUAACACUUGCAGGUUUCUUUGCAAACCUUCCUUUCCUUAAAGCACAUUUUUCUGACACAAACCCAUUACUAAUCUUCGUGCAAUCAUGAACUCUUGACCAAUAAUUGUUGUUUCUUGUCAGCUCCAGCCAUUUUUGUACAUGUUGUAUAGACGAUUGUGCCUUUUUGGAGUUUUAUGUUUAGAAACCUGUACAGAUUGUUGAAUAUAUAUAUAUAAAAUAUAUAUAUAUAAAAUAUGUAUAUUAAAACCAGGUAGUUGCUUGUGUUUAGUAAGUAAACAUCCUAUGUCAGAUAAAUAAAGGAUUAAAUUAUAUGUUGCACUGUUAAAUGUAAAUUUUUAUGGCUGUGGGACAAAGUUUCUGUGUACAGAUCUAGUAUGUAAAACUCCAUAUUUAUUGUAUCCAUAUUAGUCUUGGAAAAGGGUCUGUCCAUCUUUCUUGUGUAAGACGGUAGCUUUACACUUCAAAGAGAAAUACAGUAUCUGUGUUACAAAAUAUUACAGUAAAAUUUUGUUUACUGACUUUACCAUUGCUUAUGUUGUGCCUUCUUGAUGCAGUCCAGUAGCUAGAGAGGUGCUUGACUCGUUCCUUUCAGUGCCCUUCAGUGCCCUUCCAGCUUGUUCAGCUUGAAAGCAUCUGGUGGUGGUAAAAGCCCCUGUGGUUUCACCUGCCAUGGGACAGAGAGUAGUAACUUAUCGGGCUUUACUUGGAGUAAAAUCUUCCACUCAAAACAUCCGGUGAUUGCAGAGUGGGGAGGGAGUCCCUCAGCUUUCUGUAGAGUGAGCAUCCAUCCACCUCGUGUUUCUUUCCUGACUAAAAUUUGAAGAUUUGCCUGAGGGAAAAUGGCAAAAGGGUCACAAUGAAAUAUUUUUUUAUUUGUAAUCUUGAACUAUAAAACCACUUUUUACUGACAUUAAAAUGUUGUUACACAAGAAA